CACCAUCAACAAUCAUGACGAUAAUGAAAGAUGACUUACUCAUCUAUCCAUGGGUCGAUAGCAUUGAACCUCAACACCCCCUCUCUCCACCAUAAUGCAUAUCCUCGUCACCGGCGCAGCAGGCUUCAUCGGUCAAUUACUCGCAAAGGAACUGCUCAAUGACCCCUCCUACCGCCUCACUCUGACCGAUAUCCACGAACCCCCUAUCCCCAAGGGCGUGAAAUACCCUCAGAAUGCGACGUCCAUCAAAGCAGACCUGCUCACGGCGGCAGACUCCGUGGUGGACAAACUCCUCGACGCCGUCUACGCCUUCCAUGGCAUCAUGUCGUCCGGGUCGGAGGCUGAUUUCGAACUCGGGAUGAAGGUCAACGUCGAUGCUACUCGUUUCCUUCUCGAGGCCCUUCGAAACACCUGUCCUGGAGUGCGGGUGAUUUACUCCUCCAGUCAGGCUGUCUACGGACAGCCACUCCCAGAAGUGGUCGACGACACCGUCAUCCCCACUCCGCAGUCCUCCUAUGGCGCAGAGAAAAUUAUCUGCGAGACUCUUGUGAAUGAAUAUACGAGACGCGGCUUCAUCACAGGCUUCACUCUUCGUUUCCCAACUAUCUCCGUCCGACCCGGUCGGCCAACGGCCGCUGCUUCGUCCUUUCUUUCCGGCAUGAUCCGUGAACCACUGGAUGGCAAGGAGUGCAUAAUUCCAGUCGAGGAUCGAUCCUUUAAAUCGUGGCUCUGUUCACCCAAAACCCUCGUUCGUAACCUUCUUAUCACGCUUACAUUGCCCGCCAACGCGGUACCUCCGCAUAUCCGCCAAAUCAAUGUCCCUGGCAUCUGUGUUACGAUCCAGCAGAUGAUGGAUGCCCUAGAAGCGGUAGUAGGAAAGGAAAGACUGGCUUUAUUAAAGGAACAGGAAGAUCCUUCGCUCAAGGCUAUCUUGCUAUCAUGGCCCACUCAUUUUGACAACACGCAGGCAAUUUCGCUAGGUUUCAAACGUGACGCUUCAUUUGAACAGGCUGUACAAGACUAUAAAAUGGAGAUGGAGCAGCAAUAAUGGAAAAUGAUAGGUAAACGAAGGAUCCACCAUCUAUUUGCAGUGCAAUAUCAGCGCUAGGAUGAUAUUUUUGGUUUUGUAUAUAUGCUCUGGCUAUGCAGGUCAAUGUUCAUUAUAGACCCAGUGAUACAUAAUGUUAUAGAGUUCGCCUCGAGGUAAAAGCCAAUAUGUU